GUCCAUAAGAGUUGUAAUGACUAAUUCAGCCAGCAGGAUGUUUCCCAUGCGCCAAGCGGGUAUUUAAUCUUGAGACUGACGGAGGCUGAUUUCCAAAUUUCCUCAACAAGGUUUGACAUCCAACAUCGCCUCUGAGUGAUUUUUAAAUUCCUGAAAAUAGACCUUCAAGGAUAAAGAGGGACCUUCAGGAUGAAUACCGUAGCUAGUUACGGCCUUUUCCUCUUGGUCAUUAUUAACGCCACUACCUCUACCAAACUCAAACCAUUUAUCACCCCAAAUUUCAAACCAACAACAAAUUCUUCAGUAUCCCCUGCUUCAUCUCCAAACCUUCUAGCUCGGUAUAGUGGGUAUUACGGCGAGUGUUAUCCUGGCGAAUACCUAUGCGAUGAUAACUGUAAGUGUCCACAACUACUAAUAGAUAUGAAAUUCUCAUCCGGUCAUUCUGAACAGUCUCCUGCUGCGAAACAUGUUGCAAAGAUAGUAACUGUUGCGGCCCUGUUGAGCUUUGCUACAACGACGAGGCGGGCGCCAGUGGGCCGAGCUUUUGUUGUGAAGUGUACACUGAAACCGAUUGCGUAGAUGGGUGCAUACCUAUUGACGCCAGUUGUUGUGGAAUAGAAGGAUAUGUUAGUGCUAUCCCUUUGCCUGGCGUGAGUAAGCGCCUGGAACUAAUAACACCUGUGUUUAGUGCGAGUAUGGAUAUAAGUGUACGGAUACAGGAUGUGUAUGUUGACCAAUUUCGCACCCCUUUUCAUGGUAUUAGCUGACGGAAUAGUGUCCAUGGGGAGAGGAUUGCGAUGGGAGGUAUGAUGAUGAUGAUGAUGAUGAUGAUGAUGUCAGUUUCAGUGAAACAGGAUAUCCGACCACUACCUCGACGUCGUCUAUAAUCA